CAGGGGUCCAUUUUGAAUGUUACAAACCACAUCAUCAAAUUUGUAGAUGACACAAAGAUUUAUGUUAAAGUGGGAAAUGAAAAAGAUACUGAAGCCUUACAAAGAGAUCUACAUGAACUCCACAAAUGGUCAGAAGACUGGCAAAUACUUUUUUAAUACUGAAAAAUAGAAGACUACAUGUGAGGCAUAACAACCCACAUCACAACUAUCAAAUUAAUAACAUUACCUUGCUGAUUGAUGAAGAAAAGAACCUUAUGGUGAAAAUCUACCAUUCACUGAAAGUUGCACAACAGAGACUUAGGAAGUAUCCAUCCUGUAUUGGCAACUGCACAAUUGCUGAGAUGUCUCGACAUGGGAAUUUAUCGACAUUGGCCUGGCCUGGAAGCAUGAAUUCAGUAUCGUCAGAUUUCUGGCUAGCCAAUCAUUUUCCUGGAAUGCAAAUCAACGGGCGAAUGUCAGCUGUACGACGCUUCUUCUGCCUCUUUGUGACAUUUGAUUUUCUCUUUACAAGCCUUUUUUGGGCCAUAUGUGUAUUGAUAAAUAAAGGGGAAUACAAAGCAUUAGUGGAAGAGAUUAUUCAUUAUAACAUCAAAUCUUCUAUAUUCGAUGUGGUGAUGGUUGCUGCCUCUAGAUUCAUCAUUCUUCUGCUUUUCUAUGCCUUACUACACAUCAAUCAUUGGUGGAUGGUUGCCAUUACCACUGCAGGAAGCUGUGCAUUCUUCAUCUGCAAGAGUUUAAUGUAUAAGUGGAAUGACAAGACAAGCUACCCUUUUGAGGUGAUGUUAAUCCUCCUUUCAUUCUUCAUCGCAUGGAUUGAAGCCUGGUUUAUAGAUUUCCGUGUUUUACCACAGGAAGCAAGAGCGAAAUCCAUCCUUGAAGCCUCAAAUACUUGUGAUCAAUCUGAGAGUGAUCCACUCCUACCUCAGCUGGAAAGAAGAGUACGAGAUUACCUAAAUAAUUGCUCUGACACUGUGGGAGAUUUCUACUCUCCUUUGGAUUCACCUCUUGGGUCAGAUGAAGAAGAUGAAAACUGUUCACAGCUCAGUAGAAAGUUGUCACCUCAAGAAAUAGAAAUACAGAAUACUGGUUUUGGAGCUCUACAAAGAGCUUGGGAAACGAUUCAUUCAUCUGGCUGGAAGUUAGAGAAGGAAAGCUCUCACGGGGACAAUAUAUACUCCAAAGAAGGCCCCAAAGGAUCCAGAAUAUAUAAGCUCACGGGAGUGGUUGAUAUUGAUUCAACUUCAUUGUGUAAUGAAAUUAUUUACAACUUUGAAAAUAUGCCAAAAUGGAAUAGAGCAAUUACAUUGGCCAGAAUUGUGCAGACCCUAGACAGUAACACCGAUGUUGUGUACCAAGUAGCGUCAGAAGGUCCCGGUGGUGUGGUUACUGCCAGAGAUUUCGUCAGUGUGCGUCACUGGAAGAAGAUUGGUGAUAGUUGGGUGUGUGCUGCUGUUUCUGUUGAAUAUGACGAUGAACCUCUUCAGAAAAAAUUUGUCCGGGGAGACAAUGGUCCAGGAUGUUUUGUGUUUCAUCCAGCUGAUGAGGCACCAAAGAAAUGUCAUUUCCAGUGGCUGCUUGACACUGAUCUCAAAGGCUGGAUUCCCCAAUAUGUUAUUGAUCAAACACUGACAUAUGCUAUGACUGACUUCAUGAGUUGCCUUCGAAGUUAUAUUCCGACGUUGAAAGCCGCUCGUUUACAAAGGGAUGGAGCUAGAUAACCUGGCUUUUUGAAAUGUUUAUAUUGCUACCAUUGAGGUUUGAUAAUCUUAAGGAUUUUUUAAGAUGUAUUUGUGAUUUGUUGUUCCUUUAAUUCUAAUAAUUUCUCUUUUACUCUGUAUACUGUAUAUGAAAUGAACAUGGUGACAUAAGUCACAAUAACAUGGCUGAAAAUGAAACGCCCAACCCACAGAUCUGAAAAUAAAGAAAAUGAUGACAUUUGAGUUUGUCCUGGACCAUUAUUAAGUUGUGUAAUGGAACAUGAUAAUGGUCCAGGAUGAAGACAAACAUUGUCAUGUCCUUAAUUUUCAGAUUUGUGGGUUAAAAGACUAAUUGAUCAUGACAUUUCAUUGUGAUAUUUACAAAUACAAUGCUGUAUAUUGUAGUUGCCUCCCAGUGCAACAUUUAUUCUAAGGAAGAGUCAUAGAUAUAAGACUUAUAACUUGGAGAAAGCUGAAAUGUGUUUGACAUUGUUAUAAACAGGUGAUAAUUGUAUUUAAAAAUAAUAGAAAAAUCAUAUUUUUAUUUGCUUUAAGUGUUGUUAUGCUUAUACAUUAAUGAAACUAUAAGCAGUGAAUGAAUAAAAUGAAUGAACCAG